AUGGGCUCAGGGUCGAGUGAAAUUCAGGAUCUGAAGGUUUAUCGAAUACAUGCAACCUCUCAAUCAUCCACAUACCUUACUUACAGAUUCUUCGAUUCCAGCCUAUCUAGACCCCAUUAUUUUUCAGUAAAAUAUCGAGUGAUUGUCGUUUCGCCUUCAUUAACACCGUAUAAGGACACCGUCACGGUGAAGAUCUAUGAUCCCAACCAGAAUGUGAUCAGUCAGUACGUCGACAAAGCGCUCACAAAAGGAGUAUUUUCAUCGGAACUGGAAUUGGCCUCGGAGCCACCUCUUGGCGAAUGGCAGAUUCAAGUGGAAACGGCCAACAAACUCAAAUACACGAAAACAUUCUCAGUCGAAAAGUACGUCCUGCCGAAGUUCGAGGUGAAUAUCAAGACGCCGUCGUUCAUCACAGUCAAUGACGACCUCUCGCUACUUGUUGAUGCAAAGUACACUUAUGGAAAAGGCGUUGCCGGCAAGGCGAAGGUCACCCUUGAGCUGCCAUGGCAUCGAUGGCAUCCCAUUCCAAAGCCAAUCAUUGUAAACGAUGACGGAACCACUUCUCAGGUCGAGGAAGAGUCACAGAUUGAGCGUACCGUCAAGCUGAACAACAUGGGCGAAGCAACUGUUGUGUUCACGAAUGACGAAAUGAAGAAGCAUAAACUAGUGCAGAUUUCCACAUAUCGCUACGAUGUGAAACUGGACGUGGAGAAACAAGGCGAUACCUUCAAACCUGGUCUCACCUAUAAUGUAGUGGUCGCUUUGAAACAGAUGGACGACACACCCGUGAAAGCUACCGUACCAAGACGUGUGCAGGUGACGACCUUCUACAACUAUCCGUUCAAUCCGGAUUCACCAACACAGCACGAAGACAAGGAAGUGAAAAUCGUAGAUUUGGACGCGCACGGGACUACUGUACUCGCUCUGCAACCUCCCCUCAAUUGCACAAGCGCUAGAAUUGAGGAUUACGGAGGUGGUAGCAUUCGCAUCAUCGCAACAGUCACGGAAGACCUCACCGAUAUUCAACGGAAUGGCACGCAACAUGUAGGUUGUUAG